AUGCCAAAAGCGACGGCGGCCUCGGCCGCGGCGCUCGCAGGCCUGUUCGGACAGGCCAGCGCCUUCGUGGCGACGCCCGCCGCUGGGGCGGGCGCCGCAUCGCUGCGCGGUGCCCCCGUGGCCAGCCUGGCGCCCGUGGCGGGGCGGCAGGCCGCAGCCGGUGCUCCCAGGGCCGUCGUCUUCGGCGCCGCCGCCCUCGGCGGCCUCGUCGCCGCCGCCGCGGCCCCGCGCCGCCGUGGGGCAGGCAAGCGCGCGCCCGCCGCGACGGCCUGCCGCGCUCUCGCCGUGGGGGACGCGGUGCCCUCGGUGAAGCUCGACCAGGGCUUCCCGCCCGAGAAGUUCGACCUGGCGGAGAUGUGCAAGGGCAAGAAGGUCGUGUUGGUUCCUGGAUACCUGAGCAAGCAGGCCGAGCUGAAGGCCAAGGGCGUCGAUGAUGUCAUCGUCUACUGCGUGAACGACGCCGCCGUCAUGAAGGCGUGGGCCGAGGACCAAGGAGUGGCAGGCUCCAUGAUCAGCUUCUACGGCGACCCGCACUCGGAGGUCACCAAGGCGUUCGGCCUCGUGCUCGACGACCCCGGCGUGAUGUCCGUGCUCGGCGUCCCGCGCUGCAAGCGCUUCUCGGCCCUCAUCGAGGAUGGCGUCAUCAAGACCCUCAACGUCUCGGCCGCGGAGGGAGACCCCGCGGGCGACGACGACCCGUCGGCGUCCCUCGUGGAGAAGAUGCUGCAGGACCUGUAG